AUUUCUGAGUUAUUGGUUAUAAUUUACGAAAGGCGAAGUCAAGCCAAACAUAAGCGGGGGGAACCGUGAUCUCGCAAAUAUAAGGCGUCGCGCCGGAAUGCAAAGAGAAGUUCUAGGAAAGGAAUUAAGGUGCAACAACUUCACACAUGGAGAAAGAGGAAGGGGAUGUUGAAACAACUCCUGAAUCGCCGAGCAUUGGGGAAGAACCUGUCAACCCCGAGGACAGGACGGACCACUCCGACAGCACAGAAACAGCGAAUACUGCCGGAGACGACUAUGGUGAGCGUGCCUUUAGUGAAACUGGAAAUGAGCCUGUGACCAGGCUGGUGGAGCCUUCCGUGGACUGGUUGGAGCCUCUCGAGGAGGAUUAUGAUGAAGAUGACGAUGACCAGAGCUGGGACCUGGACGGCAGCAGGGAAGCUGAAUUGGACGGUCUGGCCAGGGACAGUGAGAGGAGUCACAGAGGAAGAGGCAGAGGUGCUGUGGGGAGAAAGAGGAGACGACGUCAGUUUGCCUCAGAUGAAGGCUGGGAGGACUGCCCUGCUCUGGGAGAGGGCUGGAAACGCAAGGUGGUGUUUCGUCGUUCUGGCAUGAGCGUCGGACAGAGUGACGCCUACUACAUGAGCCCUAAAGGUGAAAGGCUGAGGAGCAAGAUUGAGCUGCUCAGGUUCAUUAGGAACACUGUAGAUCUUACAAACUUUGACUUCAAACUGGGGAAGUUUGUUGAUGGUGAAAUACCAAGGAGAGGUCCAAAGAGGAAGAAGCUGGGCCACUCUUCCCCAGCCGACGGCAGCUUCUCCUCCGAGUCCAGCUUUCACAACGAGGCCGCCGAUGCUGGGGACAGGACGUACAGCCCCGGGCCUCUGUUCAGCCUGAAUCCAUCCUCCAGCCAAAACGAGCUCAGUGCCGGCCUCCCGAGCCCGGGCCCAUCUCAUCGGGAUCCCAGCCAUACCCGUGUGAGCCCAUCCACAAUCCCUAACAGGCACACCAUCCCUUCUGAAGGAGGCCUGCUGUCUGGGACCUCCAAGGUGCCAGCUAGUUCAGAGGCCGACCCUCUGUAUAUCCCUCCCACAGCUGUCCUCGGCAUCUGCGUAAGGUGUAGAAACUCGUUUACAGGCGUGGAAGGACAGACCAGCUGUGAGAAAUGCAGUAAUGCAUGCAAUGCCACUAAAGAUAACCGCAAUAUUGUCUUUAGAAAGUGGCUUCCCUGUGGGUUUUGCCGAGCCUGCCAGGUGACUGAGGACUGUGGCGCGUGUGCGAGCUGCAGACACAGCAAGCAGAACCCGGACUCCCGGCGACCCGUUAGGUGCCGCAGGCGGAAGUGCUUGUGCCCUUCUCUCAAGAGAAGAUCUGAUGACGUGCCUUCUGUGACACAGUUCGGUUCAGCAGUGCAUAGACCAGAACGGCGCUUGUCAGAAAGAUUAGUAGCUAUUAACACCAUUUCCAAGAAAUCUGUGCCAGACUUUAAGGAAUCCCAGUACAGCGAUUCAGAUGACCAGUCGCCCUUCGACGACGGCAAUGGCAACAAGAGCUUACUGAAGAAGAGCCGCCGGUCGUGUGGCAGGUGUAAAGGCUGCGUGUCCAAGGCAGACUGUGGCGUCUGUGAGUCCUGCGUGGACAAGCCCAAGUUUGGCGGCAGCAAUAAGAAGAGACAGAACUGCCGUCGUCGCCAGUGCAAAAGAGAAGCCCGAGCCUGGACGACACUCAGCAGGCCGCGGUUUACGUACAGCCGGAAGAAAAUCUCCCGCCGGAGCCGAGACCACUGGGACUUUGAGUUCUCCGACAACGAGGCCGAGCAGGAGAGGAGGACGAAAGAGAGUGCCGUGUGCCACGUGGACCGAGGCAAGCAGGGCAGCUCGCAUUACAACGGGCAGCCCAACCUGUCUUAUGAAGCUGCCCAGAGUCACAGACCAAGCAGCACCAAUCCAGCAAGAAUUCAGACGAGCCCCCAGGCGGACUUGGACGCGGUCGCAAGAAACGGCUUCCAAGCCAGACGAGACAAAACAAAAAGUCUUUCUGCCAUUGGGGCGGAGCCUGGCGCCAGCGCGCCUCUGCACGCGGAGCGGUCCGAGCGUGAGACGCAGGCCGUGAGCCGCGCUCAGGUGUGGCAGAGGAGAGAGGCUGCGGCGCCGUCUCGCCCCCCCGCCCAACGCCCCGCCGAGGAAGACGAGGGAGAGGAGGACCAGGAUGGUCCCAUGAUCACCCAGAUCUUCAGCCUGGGGGGCAGAUCCGGUGGCGUGGACCUGGAGCCUGGUCUGCUGCAGCUGCUGUCAGCCCUGCGUGGCGCCGUGCUGCCCGUGCUCUGGUGCGCAGUCCUGGCCGAGGGCCCCCGCCUGCAGCUCCUGCAGUGCUCCAAGCUGUCUUCCAUGGCAGACACGGCCGUGCAGAUCGAGCCCGGCUUCUGCUACCACGUCACCGUUCAGGGCCAGCCUCUGCUGCCCACGCACAGGAUCUACUACGCCCACCCGACCCGGCUGACUUCGCCUGCGCAGGUCGCCGCCCUGCUGGAGGACCUGGAGAGGUACGCCGUGUGCCGGGGCUUGGAGCGGGAGCUCCCGGCUGGGCCUGGGCCCGUCAUACUGGAGCGGGCGGCCACGUGCGAUUUCCUUGUGCCACCGGAGGUGAAGUGCUGCACCAUGUGUAAAAAGGCGCAGCAGAAACAGUGAGC